AUGAAGCUGGCCGUGUUGGCGCUGUGUGCGCUGAUCGCAGGCGCUCAGGCCUGGUUCGGUGCAUCAAUGCGCAGGUUGUACAAUGGGCCCGACAGCGCCGGAAGAUUAAAGACGCAAUUGCAUGGCGUAGGCGAGCCGCUCUUUUUGACUCCGCUCAUCGAAGCCGGUCAGUUGGAGCGUGCGCGAAACCUCAGCCGCGUCGGUUCGCUGGGAGCUGUGCCGGACUUCCCGAGCUACUCGGGAUUCCUCACAGUCAACAAGCAGUACGGAAACAACCUCUUCUUCUGGUUCUUCCCCGCCAAGGAAAACCCCGAGAAGGCACCCGUAGUUCUGUGGCUACAAGGUGGACCGGGCGGCUCCUCUCUGUUCGGACUGUUCGUGGAGCAUGGGCCGUAUCUGGUGGCUAAGGGUGGCGUUCCAGAGCUUCGCGACACCACCUGGGCUCAGCGUUACUCCAUGUUGUACAUCGACAACCCGGUCGGGGCCGGCUUCAGCUUCACCCAGGACGACAACGGCUACGCUCGCAACGAGGACGACGUCGGCCGGGACCUUCACGAGGCCUUGCAGCAGUUCUUCACGCUCUUCGACGAGUACGCGGCUAAUGACUUCUACGCAACAGGAGAAUCGUACGCAGGGAAGUACGUACCAGCCAUCGCUCAUGCUAUCGACACAGCUGUUUCACCCAGAGUCAAGAUCAACCUGCGGGGAAUCGCCAUCGGGGACGGCAUGGUCGACCCGGAGACAAUGUUCGACUACGGAUUCUUGUAUCAAAUCGGCCUUGUGGACCGGCGACAGGCCGACCACGUCCGCACCGAAACUGAGCGGGGCGUGGACUACAUCAAGCGAGGUCGAUACCUGGACGCGUUCCUCGUUUUCGACAGGCUCAUCAACGGCGACACCGUCUCUCAGCCGUCGUACUUUAAGAACGUCACCGGCCUCGACUUCUACUACAACUUCCUUCUUUCAAGAGAGCCGGAGGGCUUCGGCAACUACCACGCCUUCGUCGACUCACCCGCCAUCCGCAAGGCCACUCACGUGGGUAACCUGACCUUCAACAACGGAGACGCCACUGAGAGCCAUCUCAAGGAGGACAUCAUGCAGUCCGUCAAGCCGUGGCUUGCAUCACUCAUGGAUAAGCCGCAGUACAAGGUGCUCAUAUACAACGGUCAACUGGACAUCAUAAUCGCGUACCCGCUGACGGACAACUUCGUCAGCAGCAUCCCGUGGUCGGGCAAGGAAGAUUUCGAUAAGGCGGAACGCAAGAUUUGGAAAGGACCGGACGGGAAUGGCGUCGCUGGCUACGUUCGCAAAGUGGGGAACUUCACGCAAGUUCUGGUUAGGAAUGCCGGUCACAUCUUGCCAUACGACCAGCCCGACGUAGCACUCGACCUUAUCACACGAUUCAUCGAUGACAAGCCCUUUGAUGCUUGAGAAUCUAACUGAGCGUCAGAAUGUCAUCCUUUAAAUAGAAUGUAAAUAAAUGCGGCGCAAAAAAAAAACAAAAAGCUUGUAGGACUCUUGAGCUUCGCCUUUAAGAGUUCAACUCGAUAGCGAUAUCCUGUCCCAAGUGCAUUCUUCAAUGACUUAGUGCAUUAAAUCUCUCUAAACU